AACUUUGAGAUCUCAACCACAUGAUGUAGUACACUGCCUUGCAUGCAAACUACUUUCCCUGGCUAUAUAUACUCCCCCGUUACUCAACAUUAAUUCAAGCAGCUCAACCAAUACACACACACCAAACUCUCUCUUUAAUUAAUUCAUCAUGUUCCCAAGAAGGAGGUUCAUCCUAUGUGCAUUUUGUGUCAUCCUUGCAACACUGAUCUUAGGUGCUAGCACAACAAGAAAAGGAGGAGGUGGAGGAGCUCAAGCUCAAUCACAAUCUCAUUCGUCAAUAUUGAACAAAGGAUUAAAGUUAGGUACUGUUUUCACUAGUGCCAUGGUGUCUCCUUGCAAGGACACACUAUACCCAUCUGCAUGUGAGUCAGCAGUAGCCUCCAUUGAUGGAGCUCACUUGAAGAAGACAACAGAAAAGGUUUUUGAUGCAUCCCUCAAGAUGGCUGUGGCCGGAGCUCACUCAGCUCGCUCCAUGGCUUACAACUUCACAGUUUACCACCAAAAACUAGCCUUUGGCCGGCCAACCGCCAUGGACGACUGCUUUGAGCUCAUGGACAUCACUUUAGACCUUCUCAACGACGUCACCAACUCAAACAAGAAGGCUAGUUCUAAUGAUAUCCAGACUUGGCUAAGCGCCGCCAUCACCAACCAGGUCACCUGCCAAGAGAGCUUGGCCACUCAUGGCGCCGGCUUAGCAAGCAAAGACACCAUGAAUGAUCGAGCUCAGAGCUUGAUGGAACAUGUUAGUAACUCCCUGGCUCUCUAUAAGUCAGUGAAAGGAAAGAAGAAGUCAUCCACUGCUGGUGCUGGCCGGAAGUUACUCGCCGACGGCUACCCUUCAUGGCUCUCAGCCGCUGACCGGAGGCUCCUCAAAGCCUCGCCGGAGGAUAUAAAAGCUGAUGCUGUGGUGGCUCAGGAUGGGACCGGUACUCACACCACCAUUAACGAAGCUCUUGCCUUCUUAUUUCAAAAGUACUCCACCGCCUCCAGCGGCGGUGGAGGCGGUGGUCGGAGUGUGAUGUACCUGAAAGCAGGGACGUAUAAGGGACCAAUCGUCAUCCCCACCAAGCAAAAGAAUGUGAUGAUCAUGGGUGACGGCAAGGGUAAAACCGUCAUUAUAGGCAGCAAGAGCGCCGGGUCUGGUUCGUCCACGUAUCAAUCAGCCACUGUCGCGGCAAUGGGAGCUGGUUUUAUCGGUAAAGGUUUAACGAUAAUAAAUAACGCGGGACCAGAAGACCACCAAGCGGUGGCGCUGCGCGUCGGCGCCGAUAAAUCAGUGAUUACACAGUGCUCAAUCCAAGCUUACCAAGACACACUCUACACCCACUCCAACCGCCAGUUUUACCGAGACAAUGACAUCACCGGCACCGUCGACUUCAUCUUCGGCAACUCCGCCGCCGUCUUCCAGAACUGUUUUAUCCAACCACGCCGUGCUGGCUCCGGCCAGAAGAAUUCAGUCACCGCACAAGGCCGCAGUGAUCCCAACCAAAACACUGGAAUUUCAAUCCAGAGUUGCACUAUUAAGUGCUCCUCUGACAUCGAUGGCACGCCCACUUACCUUGGCCGGCCUUGGCAUAAGUACGCGCGUGUUGUCGUCAUGGAGUCAUUCUUGGAUGGGUGUAUUAACAAGGAUGGGUGGGAGCCGUGGUCGGGGAGUUUCGCGGAGAGCACGGCUUACUAUGCUGAGUAUGAUAACAGUGGACCUGGUGCUCGACCAUCUGAUCGUGUGCAUUGGGGUGGUGUUCAUCCUUCCAUUUCCUCAUCUGAAGCUUCAAAGUUCACUGUUUCGGAGUUCAUCGUCGGUGAUUACUGGUUGCCCGGCACCGGCGUGGAUUAUAAGGCUGGUCUUUGAGCCACGCAUUUCGUCGAAUAGCUUGUGUGCAUGAAAAUUACUUAUGCUUUUCUUCUUCUUUUUUCUCUUAUUAUUAUUAUUAUUAUUAUUAUUAUUA